AUGAACAUUGACGAGCACAAGCUGCCCACCGGCGGCCAGCAUUACAGCGCCCGGAAUAAGAUCCCCAACAUCCACGAGUUCGUCGCCCAGCUCGACAAGGAGAAGCGGGAGCGCGAUGCCGCCAUCGAGGCUGAGGACAAGGAGCACCUGAAGAUUGAGAGACAGGCCCAACACCCACCCAACGGCAAUUCUUCCCAGGCCCAUGUCCCCGAGAAGAAGGACCGCAAGAAGACCAAAACGGUCCGGGACCCCGUCACUGGUAAAGAUGUUGAGAUAGAAGAUCCCAAGGACGACUUCGAAGAAGUCGUUGAAAACCCUCAGAUUACCGUGCCUAACCAAAACCUCGGCAAGGAUGCCACAAUCGCCACGUCCUCGGACCAGUCAGGCGAGGAGUACCGAUACGCGCAAGAUGUUACGGCACCCCCUGCUCCAGUUGAGCCCGGAAGCACGACCGACGUGCCAAUUCACAGCGAAAAGACAAACGUCAACUUCUUCAAGACCCCGAGUGUUAGCUAUGAGCCCAUGUUCGAGCACCUUGAACGGCGAGCCAACGUACUGUGCGCCGGAAUCUUCUUCAGCGUCAUCAUUGUCGGCAAGUUCUUCGGCGGAGCACUCUACGGCCUGAUCCCUCUUGGUUUUUGCGUUGCGUCCGGGGUUUUCUUGUGGGUGAAGGACCUCAUCACCCAAGGUAGAAAUAUGGAAUGGUCUAGUGAAAAGGACCGCGGUGAGACCGCCACAGUCAACCUUGUCCCCGAAUCCGUUGAGUGGAUGAAUACUGCACUGGGAAUCAUGUGGAAUCUGAUUAACCCUGAGAUGUUUGCCGGUCUUGCCGACACUCUCGAGGACGUCAUGGUUGCUUCGGUUCCCGGAAUCAUUGAGAAUGUCCGCGUCGCCGACAUCUCCCAGGGAAGUAACCCGCUUCGAAUCCUCAGCUUGCGCGCCCUCCCGGAUCACCACGUGCAAGACAUAAAGGACGAGGCCCACAAACAGAACCAGCAGAACACCGAUCCCAACGAGCUGGCGGCCAUGGAGCAGGCCGGUUCUUUUUACAACUUGGAGGCGUCGGUCGCAUACCAUGCGAAGCCAUCCGGUGCUGAUGUCUCGUCUAAAGCCCGCAACAUGGGGAUGCAACUCAUCUUUUACCUAGGUAUCAGGGGCCUCUUUGGGGUUCCACUUCCAAUUUGGGUUGAACUUCAAGGUCUCGUCGCUACGGCCAGAAUCAGACUCCAGCUUACCCCUGAGCCUCCUUUCCUCAAGACCCUUACCUUCACACUCAUGGGCAUUCCCAAGGUUCAAGCAGGCUGCACCCCAAUGAUUGAAAAGGGUGUCAACAUUCUAAACUUGCCCCUCAUCUCUAAUUUCGUGAACUGGGCUAUAGGCACCGCUGCUUCUAUGUACGUAGCCCCCAAAAGUAUGACAUUGGAUUUGAGCAAGAUGCUCCAGGGCGACGACAUUAAGAAGGAGACUCUCGCCCUUGGUCUUCUCUUCAUACGUGUCCACAAAGCAGUCGGUCUCAGCAAGCAGGAUCGCCGGGGCAGCGAAGGUGGAGGCUCUGACCCUUACAUCACCAUCGCGUGGAGCAAGUUCUCGAAGCCUCAAUUUUGCACUCGUGUCAUUCAGGAUGACUUAAACCCCAUCUUUGAGGAAAGCUGUGGCCUUUUGGUCACUGCCGACCUAAUCAAGGCAGAUGAGCAGCUCUCGGUCGAACUGUGGGACAGUGAUCGCUCAUCGGCGGACGAUAUCGUCGGCAAAGUCGAAUUGAGCAUUCAAAAGCUUAUACAGCAUCCUGGCAAGAUGUUCCCUCAGGUGUCGAAGCUUGCUGGCGUCAAGGCUGACACUACGAUGCCCGGCGAGCUUCACUGGGAGGUUGGCUUCUUCGGCAAGACCCAGUUCCGCAAGGCUCUUCGCACCGAUGGUAAGGAUGUCAACCUGCCCCCUGAACUGAAGGAUAAGAAGGAGCUUCAGGACGAGAAGGGGACUAUUGAGAACGAAGAGGAAGAUGCCGUUGAGCACACCCCGCCCGACCCCUUGUGGCCCUCUGGAAUCCUUAGCAUCGUUGUCCAUCAGAUUGUCGGAUUGGAGCUUGCCAACGUUAAGGGCUCCAAUGGUAAGCGCAAAGGUCGCGAAUAUGAGCCUGCCCGUCUCGAUGCCGGUGAGGUAAAGGAAGAACAGGGAAGCAAGUUGCCAAGCUCGUACUGCACAAUUCUUGUCAACGAUGAGUUGGUCUACAAAACACGUACCAAGGCAGUGUCCUCGCAACCCAUCUUCAACGCCGGCACGGAAAAGUUUGUUCGUGACUGGCGAUCAAGCGUCGUUACCAUCACUGUUCGAGACUCGCGCAAUCGUCAGCACGAUCCAAUAAUUGGUGUCGUACCUCUCAAGUUAUCCGACAUCCUGCAAACCGGGAGUGAGGCCACGAGAUGGUACCCUCUAGACGGCGGGGUUGGAUACGGAAGAAUCCGCAUCUCAAUCCUUUUCAGAUCCGUUGACCUUCGCCUACCGCCAACUCAACUGGGCUGGGACGUUGGCACGUUCGAGUUCACCUCCCGCGAGAUGACAGCAGUCGGUUACGGUCACUCGAAGACCAAGGUGAGACUCCGCACGGGCGGAAGCUCGGCCAGCGUCAAGAGGGACACGUGCACCAAGCUUGAGGGCCAAGAAGGAUUCUCCUGGGACAUUAGUGGCGAGAACAAGCAUGACAAGAUUCGGCUACCUGUCCGUUACCGUUACCGAUCCCCCGUCUUCUUUGAAUUCUACCCGCCAGGCAAGCGACGCGCCGAGGCAUUUGCGUCACUAUGGCUCCAAGAUUUCCCUGAUCAGGAGGAACGGGAUUUCGACAUUCCCAUCUGGAAGUGCGACAAGGGUCUGCGUCUGUCGCAGAACUAUAUCAUUGAGAAGAAUUUCAAGGACGUGCCCGAUAUUCACAUUGAAGAGCUUGGCCGACUCAAAUUCCGUGGUCGUUUUUCCCCCGGGACCGACCGCGACCAUAUCAAGUUUGUCACUGACAACGAUUCACGCGAGACAAUCGAGACCUGGGAAGCUUGUUUCGCAGAAGGUGUUCGAGGCGAAGAAGUCAAGGCUGAGAUUCCUCCCGCAGUACAGAAGCUUCAUGACGAAUCUCUUACUCAUGGUCGAGACGUUCUUGCUCAGGCUGAUCCAAAAGAGAAAGCGAAGUGGUUGUCCAAAGAUGGGACGGACUGGAGUACAGCUUUCGGCCAAGAUCCGACACAUAUGAUCGAUGGCGAGCAGGAAGAUCUCAACUCCGAGGGACGCGACGAUUUCGAUGAAGACUAUGACGAUGAUAACAGCAGCGAUCUCGACCUCGGAAUUACGGACGCCAGCACCAAGGCAGAUAGCGAUGAAACCCGGCAGUCGAUCGACAGUAUGGCCAGCGAGACACCUUCCAAUGCCUCCAAGAAGAGCAACGGUGCCAUUCAGGCUCUCAAGGAUUACAAAAGCAGGAGCCGAGAUCUGCAUCGCCAACACCGCGGGCUGAUGCAAUGGCGCCCGAUGCGUAACGUGCAAUUUGCGAAAAACGAGGCCAAGUUUGCCGUCCGUAAGAUUACCAAGUUGGGCUCUCUCAAUGGGCGUAAGCCUGAUGUUGAGACGGAAGUCUGA